AAUCUUUUCUGGGUACAAUCAGCCAGCACAAUGCCUUUGGAGGUCAAGGACGCGUAUAAGAUUGAUGACACAUCAUUUCCCUAUGUGUUUGAACAAGAUGCUACCGUUCCGUUGAAAACAAGUUCGUCUGGGAUUAUCCGAUGUAAUGUCUACCGCCCCAAGGCGACAGAAGGCGAGAAGUGUCCUGUGCUGGUAACAUAUGGUCCAUAUGGAAAAGAUAUCCCAUACAAAGACUUCCAUCCAAAGUCUUUCUCCGAAGUCAAUCCAGAACAUCAUUCUGAGCACUCCGCCUGGGAGACACCCGACCCUGGGUUUUGGACAAAACAUGGGUACGCUAUAGUCAGAGCGGACGAGCGAGGAUUGGGACAGUCUCCCGGGUUUCUAGACACAAUGUCGCGUGGUACAAGCGAAGCAUUCUUUGACGUUGUCGAAUGGGCGGCCGAACAACCAUGGUCAUCAGGCAAGGUCGGAUUGCUAGGUGUCAGCUACUUUGCUGGGUCACAAUGGCGCGUCGCUGCUAGGCAGCCUAAAGGGCUGUCGGCUAUCAUUCCUUGGGAAGGCAUGAGCGACUACUAUCGAGACCGUUGUCGGCAUGGCGGCAUCUUUUCGAAUAAGUUCAUAAACUUCUGGUGGAACAGACAGGUGGUGUCGAAUCAGUAUGGUAUACCUGGCCGAGCGGCUAGGAAUUGGGGACCAGAUGGUGUAGACGGAGACCUCCCCGAUGAAGAACGCGAGAAGAACAGACAGGACCAGAACAUCGACAACCUUGAUAACCGAUUUCGAGACGAUGAAUACUACGCGAGUAAAGAGUAUGAUAUGGACGAUAUCCAGGUACCGCUGCUCUCUGUUGCAAACUGGGGCGGGAUUCUUCUUCAUCUUCGCGGGAAUAUUGAAGGGUACACACAGGCAGGAUCCGAUCUCAAAUAUCUCCGAGUGAUCACUGGACGACAUGACCUACCUUUCUAUUACAAAGAGGAGGUCGAAGUUCAGCGAAGUUUCCUAGACGCAUUCCUCAAGGGCGAUGAUCGCGUAGGCUGGAGCCAAAAAGGCAAGCUCCCACCGGUGGAUCUGGUCCUGAGGAAAGGUGAUGUUGGAUUCGACGACUCCGAGAAGGAAAAGGUGUUCGAGCGCAGGACCGAAAACGAAUGGCCGAUUGCUCGAACACGAUACACCAAAUUCUAUCUGACCCCAUUGAAAGCACUGACACAAAUCGAGCCCAUCAUCAAGCCAUCGAAAAAGCUUUCAUACGAAGCUCUCGGCAGCCUCGAGGACCCAAAGCUCGUGCAAUUCACUACGCCGGCCUUCGAGGAAGAGACUGAAAUUACCGGUCACAUUGUCGCUCAUCUGAACGUGUCCAUGUCACCCCAUGCCACCGGGCCAACCCCAUCAGAUAUCGACCUCUUCCUCACGCUUCGGUACAUUUCCCCCGAGGGGAAGGAGGUUCACUAUACUGGAACAGCAGGAGAUCCGAUUCCCUUAGCCAAAGGCUGGCUUCGCGUUUCACUGCGCAAAACGAAUCCCUCGCACCCCCGACACCGUGACUGGUUGCCUCAUCGCGACUAUUUCAGUACUGAUGUUCAGCCUGUCAUUUCAGGAGACGUUUAUCCGGUUGAUGUAGAGGUCUGGCCGACUAACGUAGUGGUGGAGAAGGGUGGUAAGAUCGUUUUUGAAGUGAGCAGUGGAGAUACACAAGGGAGUGGGAUCUUCCAGCACAACCAUCCCGAGGAUCGGAGCGAGAAGAGGUUUGCGGGCAUGAAUCAUAUCAGCUUUAGUGAGCGUUAUGUGAAUUAUGUCACGCUGCCUAUAAUUCCACCCAAAUAG